ACUCCAUCCCGCCCGCGCCCCAGGAUGACCCGUGCGCUCCCGCCUUGGGCGCCCGCGGCGGUCUUCCUCCUGGCACAUCUCAUAGGAGCCGGGGGCGCCUUCGAGCAUCAGAUCAUCAACUUUAAUUUCGAGACCGUGCGGGUGACCUGGGAUGCCGGCCAGCCCUCGGGGACCAACCUGACUUUUCUCUACGGAUUUAGGAAGAGGAAUGAGACAGAAUGCUCCAACUACCUCCUUCAGAACGGACGCCGGUCGGGCUGCCUCCUGGCGGCCGACGGUGAUACGAUUCUCAACUUUUCUGUCUGGAAUGGGACCCAGUGCCUCAAGGACAGGAGCCUAUGGAUCGCCGAUUACUUGAAACCCAGCUCGCCGAGGGGUCUGCGUGUCCUGUGGCGUGAGGAAGCCGUGACGGUGACGUGUCCCGACCUGCCCUGGAAGGGCCUCCUGUACGAGGUUCAGUACAAGAGCUCCUUUGACGGGGAGUGGCAGCCAAAGGCAGAAAAGACCUGCAAUGUGACCAUCCAGGACUUGGAUGCUGAGAAAUGCUACUCCUUUCGAGCCAGAGUGACCACCACGGAGCCCGCCUAUCCAUCCCGCACAACCUCCCCCAGCGACUGGUCGGAGGUGAUCUACCAGCAGAGGGGGCAGCCACGAGAUUCGUGCCAGGAGGAAAGGGUUUUCUCCAAAUCCGUUUUGGUUUACGGCCUGGCCGCCCUCCUGCUCCUGCUCCUCCUCGUCCUGUGUGUGUGGAAACUCCAGAGGGUGAAAAGGCUGCUGAUGCCCAGUGUCCCGGACCCCAAGGCCACCUUCGCGGGGCUGUUCGAGUCCCACCACGGGAACUUCCAGGAGUGGAUUAAGGACACGCAGAACCUCACCCACUUGCAGAAGGUGGAGGACCGGGAGCCGGAGGAUGUGCUGAUGGAGGGUUUGGAAGUCCAGCCGCCCAAGGUUGAGGCCGAGAGUCCUGUGACGACGAUGGCGGGCCCCCCGGGCCUGCAGACGGUGGAGAAGGAGACCGCUGGGACGCCCAGCCAGCUCCCAGGCCGGCCCCCGCAAGCAGAAGAGGUGCUCGCCCUGGGUGGCUUCAGGUUUACGAUGAGUGACAACUCUUACGUGAUGCUCUGAGGGGGUGCGAAUUAAAAGCCAGCACCUCGUCUGUGUUGACGUGGAAAGACGGAGGGGACCUUGUUGGCGACUCAGAGCUCACCCCCAUGAAAGGGGCACCCCUCAGCAAUAAGGCCAACAUUUUGGGGGGGUUCACUAGAGACCCCCCACCCCCACCCGAUGGGGCCAACCAAUGGGUUUUCCCCCUCACAGGGGUCAGUGCUCAAGAGGUUGAAGGCGGAUUCGUUGAAGGUGGGAGAGGAUUGAUUGGAGUGUUCCUUUAAAAAUACACAUACAUUUUAUUGAUUUCAGAGAGGAAGGGAGAGGGAGGGAGAGAAACAUCAAUGAUGAGAGAGGAUCCAGGGUCGGCCGCCUCCUGCACGCCCCCUACAGGGGAUCGAGCCCGCAACCCGGCAUGUGCCCUUGACCGGGAAUCGAACCCUGACCUCCUGGUUCCUAGGUCGACGCUCACCACUGAGCCACAUGCACGGCUGAUGUUUUCACGUAAAUCGAACCAUUUUUUUCUCGGACCCUUUGUUACCAGGGGACCCUGUCACCAGCGAGGAUGGGGCCAUAUUAACCCCCAGAAGCUCUUGUUCUUGGUCCAGAUUCUCUCAGGAGAUAUUCUUCCUUGUCUGGGAGGGAUUUGAAUUCAUGAGGGCUCUCGGAGGUCACCCCCUAACACCCGCCCGCCCCCCAACCCCCAUGGAGAGUGUAUGUCAUGGUUUUAAAUUUUAUUAUUA